CUUAUGCCCUAGUUCUUGUUGACCUGGAUGUACAUGUAUGUAGUAACAAGAAAAGAAAAUGGCAACCGGAGUGGGUAAGCACAAGCUGACGAGCACGGGUCCGACAGAGCCAUGGUCCAUCAGAGAAAAGCUGUGCCUAGCCUCGUCGGUAAUGAGGAGUGGAGACCAGAACUGGGUUUCGGUUAGCAGAGCCAUCAAACCGUUUGCAGAGCCAGGCAGGCCUCCAGACUGGUUCUCACAGAAGCAUUGUGCAUCCCAGUAUUCUGAGCUCCUAGAAACAACGGAGACCCCAAAGCGGAAACGUGGUGAGAAAGGAGAGGUUGUGGAGACUGUGGAGGACGUGAUCGUUCGGAAACUGACAGCAGAGAGGAUUGAAGAGCUGAAGAAACUGAUUAAAGAGACUCAGGAAAAACACAGGAAACUGAAGAAAGAAGCAGAGCUGAUUCAACUUGGUCAUCUGGACAACAAAGUAGAAGAAAUCUGGAAUGACAUUGUCACGAAGAAGCAGCAGGAUGAGGAAGAGGCUGAGAUGAAGAAGGCGGCAACUGAUGCUGCAUACCAGGUCCGACAGGCUGCCAAGAACACCCCAAAGAGGCUGCCAAGCGUGACGGUGCGCUCACCAGUGGGAUCCAACUCUCCUGGAAUGGACUACCCCAUGGCUGACACCCCUCAGCCAGCCGCAGAUGAGGGCAACGCCAGUGUAGCUCCAGGAGCUCCAGCGGUCCCUGCAGCUGCCCCAAUCUUCAUGCCCGCCCCAGAGACUCCCGCCCCCCCCAGCACAGCCCCUGCAAACCUGGAGGCCAACCUGAGCUCUCUGAUGGAGGACUCGCCCCAAAAAAAACAUCUGGGGCAGAAGGCUACCCCACCCCCCUCCCCACUGCUGUCUGAGCUGCUGAAGAAAGGCAGCCUCCUCCCUACUAGCCCCCGCCUGGUCGGUGAGACAGAGGUGCAGAUGUCUGCAGGUCACAGUGCCAAUGCAGGUGUGCACAUGGAGCUGGGUGGCAUGGUUCCAGGUGUAAACAGUACAGAGGUACAGAUGGCCCCUACAGCCAUCCCUGCAUCGCCUGCAGCCACAGGGGCCCCCACGCUCUCCCGGCUUUUAGAGGCAGGCCCUGUGCAGUUCACCUCGUCUCUCGCUUCCUUCUCCUCUGUCAGCAGCGAGCCUGCCUGUGCUGUCGCUAAACCUACCGCACAGCUGCCUCUGCCAGCACAGCCCUCCUCAGAGCCUGCCUGCCAGCCUCCCGCCACGGAGCCCCCGCCCACAGCUAGUGAGGCUGCUGUGAAGCCGGCCUUGGAGAACUCCAGUGAGCAGGCUGUGCUGGCGGGGACCCCCUCCUUAGUGCCAGGUGCUCUGAGCAGCGAGUGUGUGCCCAGCCCUGCUGUCAGGGGCACGGCUGGGGAGCCGAAGGGGGACCUAGGGGUGGACGAGGACCUGGUUGCCGUGUCCUACAUGGGGGACGAGCUGGACCUCGAGACCGUGGGAGACAUCAUCGCCAUCAUCGAAGAGAAGGUGGAUGAUAACUCUGAGGCUCUGGAUGCAGCAGCGGUGGAGGCAGCCCUGUCUCUGUGCGAGGAAGCCGCUGAUUCACAGGCGCUGUCUGGGCCCUGGGAGCAGCCCUUCAAGCCAGAGCAGGACAGGCUACAGCCGCCAGAGAGCACCGCAACACCCCCUCAGGACUGUGUGAAGAAUAGCAAAACCCUGGUCACUGAAAGUGUGGAGAUAAAGAAGGAGAUGAUUGAGGAGGAGCUAGGGAAAGAGAGCAGCGUCCCCAUCACAGUCCCUGACCCCCACCCAACAUCCCAGAACUCUGAGUCUCCUGCAACCACUGCACCAGAGUUCACCAUCAAAACUGAGCCCGGUUUCAGUGCUGUAGAGAAUGGAGUGGACAUGACGGCAAGGUCCGAGGCCUCCCCAGUGGCCCAUUCCUCUCCGUCGAACAUCAAGUGUGAGAGCGAAGAGUCGUCUCAGCAGGACUGCCCAGAUUCAAUACAAGAUGAGAAUGGACCAUCUUGUAAAGCACACCUUAAGGACCUGACGGAGGAGGAUGGCUGCAGUGAGGAGGCCAGUGUGGACGAGCCUAAGGAGGAGGAGUCUGGAGAGGCGUACCUGUCGGAGAUGGAGAACGAGCCGCCAAUCAGCGAGAGCGACGACGGCUACAGCAUCCACAAUGCACCGCUGCAGAUGCACACCCUACCCGAGUCCAUCCCCAGCAGCCCCGCCUCAUCACAGUUCUCAGUGUGCAGUGAGGACCAGGAAGCUAUUCAGGCCCAGAAGAUCUGGAAGAAGGCCAUCAUGCUGGUGUGGAGAGCGGCUGCUAAUCAUAGGUAUGCAAAUGUAUUCCUUCAGCCUGUAACAGAUGACAUUGCCCCAGGAUAUCACAGCAUAGUGCACAGGCCGAUGGAUCUCUCCACCAUCAAGAAGAACAUUGAGAACGGUCUGAUCCGCACCACGGCAGAGUUCCAGAGAGACAUCAUGUUGAUGUUCCAGAAUGCCGUGAUGUACAACAGCUCCGAUCACGACGUCUACCACAUGGCUGUGGAGAUGCAGAGAGACGUCCUGGAACAGAUACAGCAAUUUCUGGCAACCCAGCUGAUCAUGCAGACGUCCGAGUCUGGCAUCAGCGCGAAGAGCCUGCGAGGGAGAGACUCCACCCGCAAACAGGACUCCUCGGACAAGGAAUCUGAUUCUGACUCCGAGCAAGAGGAAGAUGUGGAGAGCGAGACUUCUAGUGGGUUCCUUCCAGAACAUCUGGAUAAUCAGGGGUCCGAGCCAGAGAGUGAUCAGGCAGAGUUAGGAGAGAGCACAGAGAGGGACAGUAUAGAGAGUGACCGGCCAGAGGAGGAGAGAGAUGGCACAGAGAGUGAGCCCCUAGAGGAGGAGCACAGUAUUGACAAAGCUCUCAGUGCCUCUCUGGAAUACAGUUCACUUGCAGAGUCUAGCCCCGAGAGACAGACCUGCUCUCAACAAAAUAAGAAGAUUCUACGGCAGACAUGGAAUGUCAUAGCCAGCCACAAGUACGCUUAUAUGUUCCUUAAGCCGGUUAAUGAAAAAUUUGCUCCAGAAUAUUACCGUGUUGUGAAAAGACCCAUGGAUCUCCUGACUCUGAAGAGGCGCGUGGCGAAGGGGCUGGUGGACACUCUGGAGGGGUUCCAGGGGGAGGUGAUGCUCAUGUUCCAGAAUGCCUUGAUGUAUAAUGAUCCCGACAGCGAGGUGUAUCGCAGGGCGGUCAGCAUGCAGGGAGACAUUGUGGAGCACCUGCAGAUGUUGAUUUAAAGAGGUUGAGAUGAGAACGCUGCGGAGCGCUGACGCUCUAGAUCUGGGUGUGCAUGUGCUGUUUUACCUUCAGCGAUUCUUGUGAUCCUUUCCUUCUGCAAGUGUUUAUUGUUCUGAAAGUAUGUUAUAAUAUACACGGCGUACUAGUGUUUUUUAAGUUUUAGAAGGUUUAAAAUACAUAUGAAAAGCUGGGAAAAUAUUUAUGUCCCUCCCUCCACUCACAGUCCUACCUUGUGGUUAUUCUCCAUGCAGGUAGAGACUGUGCUAUUUCCCUUGAGAAGGGGUGUUCCUUGUUGGUAUUCCAAGUUCUAAAAUGAAGGAAAUUACUGUCUGUUUUUGUUCUUGUUGUCAUGUUAAGCUUUUAAUUGCUGUUCUUGUUAUGUGUACUGUUAAAUAAAAAUGUUAUUAUAUAUACUA